ACUGACUCAGCCAUGUGUGCGGGAGUUGGCGACGGAAAAGAUGCUUCUAAAGGAGAAUCCGGUGGCCCACUCAUCGCUAAUGGCGUGCUAGUCGGAAUCGUGAGCUCUGGUGCUGAAAACUGUGGUGAGAUGCCUGGACUGUACACCCGCGUC